AGUAGUCAAGAUGUGGAGUAAAGUAGUGUUUGUAGCAUUAUUAUGCCAUUUGGCAUCAUCAAAGCAGAUUAUAUCAACAACUUAUGUUGAAAAUUUGAGAUCUGCAGAUGGGCCCAACAGCCGUAUCGUAUCAGGAUGGGAUGCCCUUCCCGGCCAAAUCCCCUACCAGGUUGCGUUGAGGAUCCUUGACCAGCACUUCAGGAUCCUCGGCUGUGGAGGUUCCGCUAUCCACGAGCAAUGGGUUAUCACUGCUGCUCAUUGUACUGCCAACUACAGAUCAGUCACCGUCCUCGGUGGACUCGUUCACAUGCAGAACGCUGAAUACGUGUCCGAAUCAUUCGAAUGGUACAACUACCCGACUUUCAAUUCCAACUCCCCUGGUGCUGUUCAGCCAAAUGACGUGGCUCUUGUGAGACUGCAGCAUCCUAUGGUGUUCUCUGCAAAUCUGCAAAGGGUUAAACUACAAUCGUCCGCCGAUGCUCACAGGGAAUACGACGGUGACAGACUGAUCGCUAGUGGCUGGGGAAGGACAUGGACCGAUGGUUUCACAACCGACACGCUCCAAUGGGUAUACCUAGUGGGUGUGGCCCAGUUCACUUGCAGCAGGACCUUCGGUAGUGUUGUGAAUGAGAACUCCAUUUGCGCCCGCCAUUACAACGUGACGUCACAGUCUAUCUGCCAGGGAGACAGUGGUGGUCCUCUUGUAUACAGGGACUAUGAUGGAGUUCCCGUACUCAUUGGUAUCAGCAGCUUUGUAGCUGGUUCUGCGAGUGGAGGAUGCCAUUCCGGUCAUCCUGCUGGUUUCAUCCGCCCGGGACCUUUCCACAACUGGUACCAACAAGUCACUGGCAUCAACUUCGAGACUUUGGACGAUGAACCAAUAACAACAACAUCCCCGCCAGCAAAUACAACAACUCCCAUUCCAACAACAACCUCCCCGCCAGAAAAUAUUACAACAACCUCCCGUCCAGAAAAUACAACAACUCCCAUUCCAACAACAACCUCCCCACCAGAAAAUAUUACAACAACCUCCCGUCCAGAAAAUACAACAACUCCCAUUCCGACAACAGCAUUCCCUCCAACAAAUAUUACAACAACCUCCCGUCCAGAAAAUACAACAACUCCCAUUCCAACAACAGCAUUCCCUCCAACAAAUGCAACAACUCCCAUUCCGACAACAACAGCAUCCCCAGAUGUGACUGGCCAACCUGAUGAAAGUGAGGAAAGUGAAGAAAGUGAUGAAAGUGAUGAAGAUGAAACUGUCAACAAAAUUCUGAAGAAACUCAAAAUCCGCGUCAAAGUUAUGGUCGAUAUGAAGAAGUAUAAGAGCAAGAACGGUCAAAUCAGAGAGGUCGUGGACCAAAUUCAGUAAUAUUACAAUUUACGGUAAAUGUUCAUUGAAAAAUGUUAUUUAUUUUUU